CUCCCUUCUCAUCACCAACACCACUGAACUACCAAUCAUGUCCUUCGACUUCGGCACGCGCAACGAAUCCGACCCAACGAGCGACUUUGUGUCCAAAUUCCCCGACCUCGAUGGAGCAGGCGGCGAUGAUGCCCUCCUUUCCUCCGCAGCGGCCGCCCCCGCUGCUGCCUCUAACAAUGCUCUAGAUGACGAUGACUUGCUUGGUGGUGGUGGAUCCUCAACAGCAGCAGCAGCAGCAGCAGCGCCAGCACCCGCAGCAGCAGGUCCCUCUGCAGAAGAGCAUAGCAAGGAGGCAUUUGAGAGCAAUUUCCCCGAGUUGGACGACCCGGAUCUGGCUACGCCCGUCGAGGUUGAGCAGCCUGCUGCUACCAUGCAGAGCACCUCAAACGGCUACAUGGCUCCCCCCAUGACAUCCACUGACCGUCCCACCUCUCGCUCCGGUCCCACCUACAACGCCCCCCUCGCCUCAGACCCCUACGGCGGCGGCGAUCUCAGCGACGAAGAAGAGCCCGAACCUCUUCGUACCUGGCGUCACGCGCAGGCAGACUCCAUCGCCCAACGAUCUGCGGCCGCUGAGCGCAAGAAGGGCGAAGUAGUCUCCAAAGCAGAGAGGGACAUUGACGAAUUCUAUCGAGAGUACAAUGCAAAGAAGGAGAAGAGCAUCAAGAAGAACAAGGAGGAUGAGGCACGAGAGACGGAGAUGAGGAACAGGCAGUUGGCCGAGGGGACUACGUGGGAUAGGGUUACGAAGCUUGUGGGUUUGGAGAAUAGCCAGAGUAAGACUAUCGCACCUACUGGGGGAACGGAUUUGGCCAGAUAUAGGGAGAUCCUCCUCUCCCUCCGUCGAGAGGGACAGACGGCGCCGGCUGCUGGCGGCUACUAGGUGCGCUUCGUUAUUGUACGCUCUUGGCCACUCCAAACCGUGC